AUGUGUUCUCCUUCGCCGGCUACUGGCGAGUACGUGCGUGGCGAUGUGUGCGACAUCCUGAAAGGGCGCUUACCGACACCCGACGCACCAGACCCGUUUGCUCUGGCCGAGUACGUGCAAAGGAAGAUCUUCCUGUCCGACAUCAACAACGAAAGGGAGGAGAAGAAUCCGAUCUACAAGCAACGCAUCCUCGACCUCGAGAGCUUCGUGAUGAGCUACUCGACCAUCGACGAGAGCCCUGCUCAGGUGCUGAUUCCUCGGGAGACCGGGUGGUUCGGCGCCUUCGCCAACAACUCGGUGGCCUCUGUCGUGCCCCUCGAGGAGCAGCCCAUGUACAAGUACGACUGGAUCGGACUCAGGACCUUGCACGAGACCGGACGGCUGCAUCGCUUCACGACGUCGUGCGUCCACAACGACUACGCCGGCCCCUGCUUCGAACAUUACUCCAUCCCCAACGUCCUCCCCAUCCUCUUGAACAGCACCAUCCCCAACUAG